AAAUAUCUUUGCAAACUCCCAUUACGUCACACACUUUAAACCGUUCUUUGUACUCAAGGUGUAAAACAGAUAUAUAAUUUGAAAGAGCACAUCGGAUCAGGUCCAAAAAUAUGGAAGCCUCUAAAUUUCAGCUUAUUGCACUGGUGCUUACAAUAUGUGCAGUUAUCUUUCAACUGAUUGGAUUAGCGUCGCCUUACUGGAUAUCUUAUGAUAUAAUAAUAUUCAAAAUAAAUUCUGGUUUGUGGAAGACGUGUUCUAAAGUAAUUUUGACUGGAAAUACCGAAUGCAUCGAUGUGGAACUUACAGAUUACGAUUGGUUCAAGGCAGUACGAGCCAUGAGCAUCCUUGGGUUUCUGGUAUUGGUGGUAGCAGCAAUCAUGACAGUGUUAAAACUGUUCGUUCUAAAAGAUAUGAAACCGAUUCUGUUUGUAGCGAUAGGCACAGCUUUUGCUGGAGUAAAUGUUAUGUUCGAAGAAAUAUCAGUGUAUGCAGCCAAAAUGAACGACUUGUUGAUCAUAGACUUUGAUUACCAUUUUGCUUUCGCCUUCAGCAUCAUUGGGAUGAUAGCAGCGAUCGGAGCGGGCGCCGUCAUGUUGGUAGAGAUCAUGAAAGGAUAACUAAAUAGC